AGUAAAAUCAAAAUAAUAACCCGACUGAGAGAGAAAGAGGGAAGAGGAAAUUAAGAUCGUGAGGGAGAAGGAGAUUGAGAGAGCUGUUUUCGGAUUCUCCAGUAAACCCACAACACAAAUCGGCUUCGGCGGCUCCAGGGAGGUGUUUUCGGCGUCUUCUCGGUUGGUUUUAAAAACCUCAGACUAUAAAUGCAAUUGUUUGGCAAUAGUUCAUUUGAAUAAUACAACCUUAAAUGGCUGGUCGGGCUCCAAUUGCCACUAAAAGCUCAGCACUUAUUGCCAUGAUUGCUGAUGAGGACACUAUAACUGGAUUUUUGCUGGCCGGUGUGGGUAAUGUUGACUUGCGGAGAAAGACAAACUACCUUAUUGUUGAUUCAAAAACAACGGUCAAAGCAAUUGAAGAUGCAUUCAAAGAUUUCACCACAAAGGAGGAUAUUGCUAUCGUCCUAAUCAGCCAAUAUGUAGCAAACAUGAUAAGGUUCCUGGUUGAUAGCUACAAUAAGCCAAUACCAGCUAUUUUGGAGAUCCCUUCAAAGGAUCAUCCUUAUGACCCUUCACAUGAUUCAGUUCUUUCACGUGUGAAGUAUCUCUUCUCUGCUGAAUCUGUGGCAUCUGAUCGGCGCUGAGUAUGUGUACAUGUUUCACCCAUCAUGUUGCAAGCGUGAGAGUUUUUUAGCUGAUAGCUGCAUGUGCUCUGCUUUGUGCACACUAUUGUAUGCUAUGUUUCUUAUUUCCUUUGCAUUGAUUGAUAUAUCUGGAUACUAUUUAUUCUCUUUCUGUGCCUAAUUAUGAAUUAUCAUUGCAAGUUGGGUUUUGUUUGUUAUGAUAAUAGGAAUAAGUUGCCAUCUUAAAAAUGUUCUAAAGAAAGGAGUUCCUGCAGUUGCUUCUGAUUCUUUUGUUCA